CGUAGGAGUGUUGAUUGACGGCUGGAUGGAAGCUCGGUGGCUUUAGACAUGUCUGCCCUGGAGAUGGAGGGGAGCGAGGAGGCGCAGACCCCCAGCGGGGAGCCCUUGUGUCUUCCAUGGGAUCGGUUCGCCUCCUGGCUGCAUUGUAUCUGUGUGGUGGGAUUCGAUCUGGAAUUGGGCCAGACAGUGGAGGCCUUGUAUCCGCCACAUGCCAAGCUAACUGACAAAGAGAAAACCAGCAUCUGCUACCUGUCAUUUCCUGACUCAAAUUCGGGCUGCCUGGGGGACACUCAGUUCUGCUUCAGGUUCCGUCAGUCGAUGGGCAGGAAGUCAUCCCUGCAUUGUGUCUUGGAUCAGCUGGACCGAGAUUCGCCUGUUUAUUUAAAGAAAGAUCCAUCCUGUUUCUAUGGUUACGUAUAUUUUCGACAAGUCCGAGACAAGACGUUAAAAAGAGGAUAUUUUCAAAAGUCCUUAGUUCUGAUCAGCAAACUGCCAUACAUCAAUUUCUUUAACACGGUGGUGAAGCAGAUUGCCCCGGAGUAUUUUGAAAGAAGUGACCCAUGCUUGGAAGCAGCUUGCAGUGAUUUAGACCGAUGGCCCGCUCCUCUGCCCGGGAAGACUCUGCACUUGCCAAUCAUGGGGCUCGUUAUAAAGGUGCGAAUACCAACAAGACUUGACAAGCCGGGGACAACGCAAAUAGUGGAGAUGACCCAACAGACAGACGCACAUAUCUCUGUGUCACUACCGACCAUCCAUGAAGUUGAUCUGUUCAGGUGCUUUUCCCCAGUAUUCUUCCACAUCCAGCUGCUCUGGGAGUUGGUGCUUCUAGGGGAACCUUUGGUGGUAAUGGCUCCCUCUCCGGCACAGUCUUCAGAAACGGUGCUAGCCCUUGUAGGAUGCAUAUCACCAUUAAAAUACUGCAGUGAUUUCAGACCAUACUUCACAAUUCACGAUGCAGAAUUCAAGGAAUAUACCACCAGGACACAGGCACCGCCUUCUGUCAUUUUUGGUGUCACCAACCCGUUCUUUGCAAAAACACUGCAGCAUUGGCCCCAUAUCAUCCGCAUUGGCGAUGUCAAACUAGCAGGAGACGUUCCUAAACAGGUCAAAGUAAAGAAACUGAAAACACUAAAGACUUUGGACUCGAAGCCUGGUGUGUAUAGCUCCUACAAGCCAUAUCUGAACAAAGAUGAAGAGAUUAUUAAGCAGUUGCAGAAGGGUGUUCAGCAGAAACGGCCAUCGGAAGCACAAAAUGCAAUACUCCGCAGAUAUUUUCUAGAGCUAACUCAGAGCUUCAUAAUUCCUCUGGAACGUUAUGUGGCAAGUUUGAUGCCAUUGUUGAAGAGCAUCUCUGCAUGGAAGAGUCCUCCACAGCUCAAGACCUUCAGCCAGGAGGAAUUUAUGAAGACAUUGGAGAAGACAGGUCCUCAACUUACUUCGCGAUUAAAAGGAGACUGGAUCGGCUUAUACAGGCAUUUUUUGCGCUCACCCAACUUUGAUGGCUGGUUCAGAGCCCGGAGAAAAGAAAUGAUGCAGAAGCUAGAGGCUCUUCAACUUGAAGCAGUUUGUAAUGAGGACUUGCUGAUUUGGGUACAGAAGCACAGUGAAGUUGAGUCUGUAGACCUGGUUUUAAAACUUAAAAGUAAACUGGCUCUGGCACAGAGGGAAAAUCUCCCUGUAAGCGUGGAUACGGUGCAGAAGCUUCAAGGACAGGUAGCCACCAUCAUACAGGAGCUGCCUGAAGACUUGCAGGAGAUCUUAGUGAAAACCAACAGCUCAUGAUAUACGUGGAGCCCAGAUAGUAAGACUUUCACAACCUACUUUUGUACAGCACAGCGACGGACAGAGCAUACAGGGCAAGACUUCCAAUAUGGACUGGGCUUUGUGAAACAGGUGAAUGCUUCGCCACCCAGAGGAACAACAUCAAGAUCUAUUUUUCUAAUGCUGUAUCAUAGACUAACUGCUUUUUAUGGACAAAGACCGGAUCAUCGCUUAUUGGGGAACCCAACAGUGGUAAAAUCUAGAUCGUGUCUUAAUGUACACAAACAGCUCUGUUUUUUUUAUACACGACACAACCUAGAGUUCUAGGAUGUGACUGAAGAAAAUGCAUUCUAAGAUCAUGCUUUACCCAAUAUGUUGUAAUGAGGUUUUCAUCGUGACCAUUA